AAAGCAACGCAGCUCAAUUCGCGCCAUCUGCACCGGUCUCUUGCAUGCAUGCCCAUCCAAACCUCCCAUCGAGGGGAGACUGGAAAAACUCCACGAGUGUUGUUGAGCUAUGUCACAAGCUCAGGGUGGAAAUGCCACAGAUAGCUCGUCCGAAGCCAUUUCAUUCGAAAGCCAUGCUAUGCGUCUCAUAUCCAAACUCCCAACAAGAGAGGGGUGGUCAGAGCCAUUGGUGCUCUACAAGAACUACUGGUUCCGCCCGUACUUUGUACAGAGCAGACUGCGCAUCGAAAAUGGCUUCAAACCUCGCCCCGAAGAUGUCAUCCUUGCUACAAACCCCAAGUGCGGCACCACAUGGCUGAAAGCCCUCGCCUUUACAGUCAUCAACCGCUUCCGGUAUGAGUUUGGCAACCACCCUCUUCUUUUUUCUCAUCCUCAAGAGGUGGUACCAUCCAUAGAGGCCCCUAGCCAUGAGAACCUUACCUAUUUGGAGAACCUCCCAUCACCAAGGCUUCUCGCCACUCAUAUGCCUCUUACAUUGUUCCCAAAGUCCAUAGUCAACUGUGGUUGUCGAGUUGUGUAUAUCUGUCGAGACCCUAAGGAUGCCUUUGUGUCUCGGUGGCACUUUGACAAUAAGAUGCAUAGGGGACAAUGUGUUGACAUGGAAACAGCGUUCAACAUGUUUACUGAAGGCUUCUCGAGCAAUGGACCUUUUUGGGACCAUUGCCUCGAGUACUGGAGGGAGAGUAUUGCAAAACCUGAUAAGGUUCUUUUCCUCAAGUAUGAGGAUAUGACCUUAGAGCCAACAAAAUAUGUCAUAAGGCUUGCAACGUUCUUGGGUGCCCCAUUUAGUAUUAAGGAAAUAGAGGAUGGGAUACCCGAGGAGGUGGUGAGGUUGUGCAGCUUCGAGAAGCUUAGUAGCUUGUCUACCAACCAAACAGGAGAAUUUGCUCGGCUUGGUAACAUAAUUAUUGAGAAGUCAUCAUAUUUUAGGAAAGGAAAGGUGGGUGACUGGGUGAAUCACAUGAGCGAGGAGAUGGGGAGAAAGCUAAAUUGCAUUGUGGAAGAGAAGCUCAAAGGAUCAGGCCUUGUGCUAUAAUAUGUAUCUCUAUUUUUCUAUAUCUUGUUGUAUGUUUUUUAUCACAUUUUCGUUUUUGCAUGAAUAAACAAGAGUCGUCCAUUGUAAGAUUUGGAAACGGGAUUUCAAUUUCCAAGGUACAAGGGUUAUCUAGCCCAUAAUCAACAAACACCUCAUGUUUCUAGUA